UUUAGGAUGGAUCCCUCAUUUGUGUACGCCGAUAAAGAGUUUAGGGAAACUGUAAAGCGACAGUGGGCUGAAAUGAGAUAUUUUUACAACAAAAACAGUGAUUUGGCUACUGAUAACGAUUAUGAUGAUGAUGACAAAGCUUCCGACGACGACGUUAAGACGUUUGUGAAUCUCGUGAAGCAGCGCAUGUCGACGACCACUGCCCAUGGUAUUCCGCAAAUCACAAGUGCCAAGACAACCCGGAGAAAGUUUUCAUGGGUACUUUUGUUCUGCUUUGCCGUUGGAAUGUUUUUCUGGCAAACACAAGAGCUGUUGAUUCAAUACUUUAAUUAUGAUUUUGACACGACUGUUGAAAUUAAAUUCAGUCCAAGGUUAGACUUUCCCGCGAUAACCAUCUGUAAUAUAAAUCCAGUAAAGAAUGAUCGCCUGCAAGAAUCAAAUGUUACUGAUCUUAGGCAGAAAUUUGACCCGACGUAUGUUAGCCAUGACAUAAAUACAACAAGUGCACUAAGACAGGAACGCAAUGCUGAUGACGAACCUCAAUAUGAAGGUUCUGAUGAAUCAACAAAACAGCAACCAACGAAUUGGAACGACUGGAAUAAGUUAUUGGAAAACAAGACAGCAUUUUAUUCACUACCGACAACGAUAGCAUCAGAACAGGCAACACUAGUACGUAUACUGUCGGACAUGACUAACGGAGAACGGGAGUAUUUAGGACACCAACUGAACGACCUUCUAGUCAAUUGCUCGUGGAUUGGCUACCCAUGCUCACCACAAAAUUUCAGCAGAUUCCUGGAUCCGUUACAUGGUAAUUGCUAUACAUUCAAUCCACUUAAUGCGUCAUACGCAGGAGGAGAAUACAAGACCACGUCAUUCGCAGGACCAACUUACGGCCUAACAAUGACAAUUUUUAUUGAGCAGAAUCGAUAUCUCCCUAUGAUAUCUAGUAGUGGAAUACGUCUCCAUGUGCAUUCACAAAAGAAUAUGCCAUUUCCAGAAGAUGAAGGCCUACAAAUUCCACCUGGCUACCACACAUCGGUUUCAAUUACAAAGUCGGUUACCAAACGAAUUGGCAGUCCAUACAACACUUGUGUUAAGGAUUCAGAUGAAAGUUUUCAUAAUAUAUAUUCCGACCUAUAUGGAGUAUCUUACUCAGUACAGACUUGUACGAAAAGUUGCUAUCAAGAGAAAGUAGUUGAAAGGUGCGGAUGUUUUGAUUCUAAUUACCCAUUCCGAGGCGGCAUCGGACCUUGCAGAUAUGGAAUAAAAAACGAUAGUGCAUGUUUGUCUAAAGUUAGUGCUGACUAUAAAAACAGUUUAUUCCAUUGCGACUGCCCUCAACCAUGCAAUGUAGAUGAAUUUAAAGUAUCUACGUCUUUUUCAUAUUGGCCAACACCAAACUACAAGAACGACUUGCUGGGACUACUAAACGUAUCGUCUCCAAACUUACAUGAUAUAGUAAUGAAGGAUGAAAAAGACAUGCGCACAUUAAGAGAGAAUCUGCUACUUCUGGAUAUAUACUACGCCAAUUUAAAUUAUGAUUUCAUACAAGAAUCUGCCGUGUAUUCAAGAUCUGACCUAGCAAGCGGACUUGGAGGUACAGUGGGCUUAUGGAUAGGGGUUUCGGUCCUGACUGUGUUUGAGGCAAUAGAGUUUAUUUACGAUGCUGCAUAUCUUCUUGUGACAAAAGUAUGCAUCAGAAAAAAAUCCAAAUCCAAAUUACCGAAGAGAGGUGCAGAAUCUACGGUUAACAACACUUCCGAGAUCGUGGCUUCAAAAAUAGACAGGCGUUUUAUACCGGUUGUUAAGCCGUAUGGAGAAGCAAUAUUUAAUUAACAGUCCCUGUAUUCGCUACCGUUUGAAUA